AUGUGCAGCCCCGACGCCGCCGCAAGAGAAAAAUUCUACGAGGACCUGCACGCCCUCUUGGCGACUGUGUCGAAGGCGGACAAGUUGAUUGUCCUUGGUGAGUUCAACGCCCCCGUCGGCACAGACCAUACUGCCUGGAGAGGAGUGCUGGAUCCCCACGGUCUCCGCGGCUCCAACGACAAUGGUCUGCUGCUUCUCCGCACCUGCGCAGAACACUGCCUCAUCCUGACGAACACGUUCUUCUGUCUGCCGGAGCGAGAGAAGGCCACCUGGAGGCAUCCUCGGUGGCGCCAGUGGCACCUACUGGACUACGUCCUCGUCCGGAGGCGAGAUCAGCGGGACGUGCUGGUGACGAAGGCGAUCGCGGGUGCUGACAGGUGGACCGACCAUCGCCUCGUCAUCUCGAAGAUGCGUAUUCGCCUACAGCCUCGUAGGAGACCACAAGGUAAGCGACCCCCAGGUAAGCUGAAUGUUGCAUUGUUGUCUUUGCCCGCUCACUAUCCCCAUUUCAACAACGACCUAACUCAGCGGUCAGACAACGUUCCAAUCACUACAGCUGCCGCUGCCGCAAUCGCCCGCUUGCCGCAAGUAGAUACAAACUUGGACCUCGACCCCUCGCCAUCUCUCCAGGGAACCCUCAGGGCCGUGCAGCAACUCUCCAGCGGCAAAGAAUCCGGAUCGGAUGCGAUCCCUGUUGAGGUCUACAAGCACGGUGGUCCCAACUAA